CAUCGGGAGACAAUUCCAUCACUAGUUGAUCCACAACAUGAAAACAAUUCCUAUCUUUAUCUGGAUAUUUCUGUUCCAUGACGCCUCCAGCGACUGUGGCUGCCAGAAGCUCGACCGGAAGACAACGCCGGCUGAGGAUAAGACGCCGCUGCCAGAUCAAGUGUGUCAGCGACGGGCGCAGGGCGGCAGCCACUACCGGGAUUACUAUGGGGAACUAGAACCAGAAAUCGCGGACAUGUCGCUCAUUCCGGGCGGAAACUAUCUGUUGGGCACCGACAGUCCACACUUUCCGGCCGAUCGGGAAGGUCCAGAGCGUAAAGUGAAGCUGCAAGACUUCUACAUCGACAAGUACGAGGUAUCUAACGACGCCUUCGCGAAGUUUGUCUUGGACACCAACUACAUCACGGAGGCCGAGCGCUUUGGCGAUAGUUUUCUGUUCAAGAGCCUACUGAGUCCAUCGAAGCAGAAAGAGUUGGAGGACUUCCGAGUAGCCAGCGCCGUUUGGUGGUACAAGGUGGCCGGGGUGAGCUGGCGCCAUCCCAACGGCGUGGACAGCGAUCUGCAGAACCUGGGGCGACAUCCGGUUGUGCACGUUUCAUGGCGCGACGCUGUGGAAUACUGCAAGUGGGCGGGAAAGCGACUGCCCACCGAGGCGGAAUGGGAGUCCGCAUGUCGCGGCGGCAAGGAUCGAAAACUGUACCCGUGGGGAAACAAACUGAUGCCCAGGGGCGAGCAUUGGACGAACAUCUGGCAAGGCGACUUUCCCGAUGGAAAUUUGGCUGACGAUGGCUUUGAGUUUACCAACCCAGUAGACACCUUCCGACAAAACGUCUACGACUUGUACAACAUGGUGGGGAACGUCUGGGAGUGGACGGCCGAUCUGUGGGACGCGAACGACGUGAGCGACAACCCGAACCGCGUGAAGAAAGGCGGUUCCUACCUGUGCCACAAGUCAUACUGCUACCGGUACAGGUGCCCGGCCCGAUCCCAGAACACGGAGGACAGCUCGGCCGGCAACCUGGGCUUCCGGUGCGCCAAGAAUGCGUAGGCAGUGAUCACGAUAAUAUUUAUAUACUUUGUAAAAAAUAGCUCUUUUAUAUACAAAUGUUAAAUACAAAAUCUACAAAAAUUUGA